CGUCCGCCGGGCGGGAAGCUCGAGCGGCGACGCCAUGGCGCGAGCAUGGCAGCACCCAUUCCUCAAUGUCUUCAGACACUUCCGAGUGGAUGAGUGGAAGCGGUCCAGCAAGGAAGGCGAUGUGGCAGUGGUGACGGAUAAAGUCUUGAAGAGCACUGUGUACCGCAUCCGGGGCUCCGUCUCCGCCAGCAAUUACAUCCAGCUCCCCAGAACCAGUUCACAGUCCCUGGGGCUGACGGGGCGGUACCUCUAUGUGCUCUUCAGGCCCCUGCCCACUAAGCACUUCGUGAUCCACCUGGACGUGUCCACUGAGGACGGCCAGGUCAUCCGUGUGUCUUUCUCUAACCUCUUUAAAGAGUUUAAGUCCUCUGCCACAUGGCUUCAGUUCCCCUUCGUUUUCCAGGCCAGGACAUCUGAUAGAGACAUGGCAGGCAUUGCCCCUCCUGCUGCCCGCUGGACUUGCCUGCAGCUUGACCUCCAGGACAUCCUCCUCGUCUAUCUGAGCCGGCGCUAUGGCCACCUCAAGAGUAUCAGGCUGUGUGCCAGCCUGCUAGUCAGGAAUCUCUACACUAGUGAUUUGUGCUUCGACCCUGCUAUCACCAUCACUGAGGCCCGGCGGGCAAAGCUUCCUGUGACUCCUGUGCCUCGUGAAAUGGCCUUCCCGGUGCCAAAGGGAGAGAGCUGGCAUGACCACUAUGUCCACAUCCGGUUUCCGAGUGACAGUCUGAAGACUUCUGGAAAGGUUCAGAAGAUCAGUCCCCCUCCUGAGACAGUCCUCCUGGGAUCUGCAUCUCAGCUUCUUUAUCCAGAGGCCUUCAGCAAACUCACGCAGGAUAGCACGUCAGCUGUGGCCCAGACAUGCAGCCCCACAGCUCCCUGCCAGCCCCUCUCUGUACCCAGGCUCCUCCCAGAGGUCAGCCUGUCCAACAGGCAUUUGGAGGAGUCCAGCGGAGGUGACCUACGUACGCAUGGCCGAGACCCUUCAACCUGGGUGCAGGCUACUGAUGUGCGCACAGUGGUCUGUGGUGGCCAUGUGCUUGCCCACAAGUCAGCUGGGGUGCCUGUGGCUCUUCACAAUGCUGGCUCUUAUAAGCACUUCCUCCCGGACCCAAUUCUGAGGCUCAAGGGGGUCAUUGGUUUCGGUGGCCACAGCACCAAAUGGGCCCUGUGGACCAAGGAUGGAGCAGCUGUUGUUUACCCUUGCCAUGCAGUCAUUGUUGUCCUGAGGGUAGACACUGGGGAGCAGCGCUUCUUUCUUGGCCACACAGACAAGGUCUCUGCCCUGGCACUAGACAGGAGUAACUCACUGCUGGCAUCAGCACAGGCCCAGCCCCCCAGCAUGGUGCGGCUCUGGGACUUCCAGACAGGGGGGUGCCUCUCCCUAUUCCGGAGCCCAAUGCAUACUGUCUGUUCUCUAAGCUUCUCUGGCAGUGGGACUCUUCUCUGCGGUGUGGGCAAGGAUCGCCACGGGAGGACGGUGGUAGUGGUUUGGAGUACAGACCAAGUAGAUGCUGGUGGUGAAGUGGGUGUGGUCGCCAAGGUACACACUGACUUUGACAUUCAGACCUUCCAGAUUGCCUAUUUUGAUGAAACCAGGAUGGCGUCCUGUGGGCAAGGCAGUGUGCGGCUCUGGCGGCUGCGUGGACGGACCCUGCGCUCCUGCCCCGUGGACCUGGGGGAACACUGUGUGCUGGAGCUCACGGACCUCGCCUUUGCACAGAACCCGGAGAGCUGCCCGGUGCCCUCCUCUCGCACACUUUAUGUAUGCAGCCGUAGUGGUCACAUCCUGGAGAUUGACCACCAGCGCAUGGCUGUGCGGUGCACCCGCCGCCUGCUGCCUUCACGGACUGCUGGUAGCCCCCUUCCCCAGAAGCAGACCCUCGUCUUAGGCUCCGGCAUUGCCAUCAGCAGCCUCAGUGUCUCCUCGACUGCAUGUGCUGUGGGUUCUGAGGAUGGCUACCUGCGAAUCUGGCCCCUGGACUUCUCCUCAGUGCUCUUGGAGGCAGAGCACGAUGGCCCCGUCAGCACUGUCUGUGCGAGCCCUGGCGGCCUGCGUGUGCUCUCCACCACCUCUUCGGGCCACCUGGGCUUCCUCGACAUCCCAUCCCGGGAGUACACUGUGCUAGCACGCUCCCACAUGGCCUCAGUACUGGCCUUCUCCAUGGAGCGGAGCCGGAGACAGCUGGCCACUGUGUCCCUAGACCACACUGUUCGCAUCUGGGACCUGGCCACCCUACGGCAGCUUUAUGACUUCACAUCGUCUGAGGAGGCCCCGUGUGCUGUCGCCUUCCAUCCUACCUGGUCUACUCUCUUCUGUGGCUUUAGCAGUGGGGCCGUGCGCUCUUUCAGCCUGGAGAAUGCUGGGGUUCUGGUGGAACACACGCGUCACCGAGGGGCCAUCACCAGCCUGAUCGUCACCCCCGAUGGCAGCUUCCUGUUCAGCUCUUGUUCUCAGGGCUCCCUGGUCCAAUACGACUGUGCUGUCCCCCAGUGCCGCGUCCUCCGUGUAGCAGCCAACGUCGUAUGUCAGGAUGCCCGCCCGAACCCCAACACUUUGGCUGUCAGCGGGGACAGCCGCCUGCUGGCCUUCGUGGGCCCCUCCAAGGGCAUGGUGACAGUCAUGGAGUCAGCCUCUCUGGGUGAGCUGUUGCGGGUUGAUAUCAGCACACUGGACCUCGCUGGCAGCCACCUGGGCUCGGCUGUAGCCAUCUGCUUUGACCCUGCAGCCCCGGAUCACUUACUGCUGUCCACAUCAUCCAAUAAAAUUGUGGUGCUGGACACAACAUCAGGACGCACUGUCCGGGAGUUGUCCAGUGUCCGCCCCAUGGCCUGCUCCUCCCUGGCUCUCAGUGAGAGUACUCGCUUCCUGCUGGCAGCCACUGGCCGAGCUAUCAGCGUGCAGGGUUACCGGACACCCACUGACCCUGGGCACCAGGUGUACAUUGGGCACUCAGAGCCGGUGCAGGCUGUGGCUUUCACCCCUGACCAGCAACAGGUCCUCAGUGUGGGGGACGCCAUCUUCCUCUGGGAUGUCGUGGCUGCCCCUGAGAGUGACAGAAGCAAGCCUAGGCCCCCCGCAGCUUGUGAGGCGGGCCUGAGCGUGGGCCAUCUGGAGGACACAGUGGCCAGUGGGCUUCCCCGGCAGCAGGUGCCUGUGCCAUCUCAGAUAUCUCCACCUCCUCUGGAUGUCAGAGCCAGGCCCCCGAAGGACAGUGCUGGUACUUUCACUUCUGAUGAGAAAGGACGCUGUGGGGAGAGCCAUGGCCCCAAGGGGUUUGCCCAGGCUCCACGCCCUGCUGUGCUUGUUGAGAGGGAGCUUGGAGGCGCUGGAGAUGGAGCCCUGGGGGCUGCCUGGGGCUCAAGGGGACCCCCUGUGUCUCCCCAUCACCACGGCCAGCCUAGUGCCCAGAACCUCAGAAAAGGAAGGGCUUGGCACACUGUCCGCCCGGAUUCCUACAAGCAUUUCACAGCUCGCUACAAGACCUCUCUGCCCUCCAAGAAUGUCUUCUUCCCUCCCACUGGUGGUGAGCAGCUGCACCUGAAGGCUGUUGUGGGUUACAAUGGGAAUGGACGGGCCAACAUGGUCUGGAGACCAGACACGGGCUUCUUUGCCUACACAUGUGGCCGCGUAGUGGUGGUGGAGGACCUGCACUCCGGUGCCCAGCAGCACUGGCUUGGCCACCCAGAGGAGAUCUCCACGCUGGCUCUCAGUCAUGGUGCUCAGGCUCUGGCCUCUGCCUCCUGCUGUGGCAGUGGGGCAUCCCGCUGCCAGAUCCGCAUCUGGGACAUACCCAGGGGCCUUUGCCAGCGGUGCCUUUCUCACCACGACAGUGCUGUGCAGGCCCUGGCCUUCUCUCCCGAUGACAAGUUCCUUGUGACACUAGGGGAUUACAGUGACCGGACCCUCACCCUGUGGAGCACAGACACCUAUGAGCUGCUGUCAUCCACCCGCCUCCCAGAGCCAGUGCACGAUGUGGCCUUCAGCCCCUGGGACACUGGCGAGCUCACCUGUGUGGGCGCUGGUGCUGUCACCUGGCUCCUGCACCAGCAUGGCGCAGACAGCAGCCUCCAGGUGCACCGACAUCCAGUUCCUGAGGAGGUGGGGGUGGCCGAGCUGACCUCGCUCUGCUACGGGGCUGCCCCGCUGCUCUACUGUGGCGCUUGCUCUGGCCAGGUCUGUGUCUGGGACACCAGCACUGGCCGCUGUUUCCUGGCUUGGGAGGCAGAUGAUGGCGAGAUUGGAGUGCUGCUGUGCUCUGGGUCCAGGCUGGUCAGUGGCAGCAACACCAGACGGCUGCGUCUGUGGGCGGUGGGGGCCGUGCCCGGGCUGAGGCGCCAAGGCUCAGGCGCCAGGUCCAGCUCAGUGUUCAUGGAGCGGGAGCUGACCCUGGACGGGGCUGUUGUGAGUGCGAGCUUCGACAGCAGCAUGGACAUUGGAGUGGCAGGCAGCACGGCUGGCACACUCUGGUACAUCGGCUGGGCCGAGGGCACCAGCACGCGCCUCGUCAGCGGCCACAGGGGCAAGGUGAAUGAGGUGGUCUUCAGCCCCAGUGAGUCACACUGUGCCACCUGUGGUGAGGAUGGAAGUGUCAGGGUGUGGUCCUUGGCCAGCAUGGAGCUGGUGAUCCAGUUCCAGGUGCUGAAUCAGAGCUGCCUCUGCCUUGCGUGGAGCCCCCUAUCCUGCAGACGCCCAGAGCAGCAGAAGGUGGUGGCCGGCUACAGUGAUGGCACACUGCGUGUCUUCAGCAUCCCCCAGACCGCCAUGGAACUCAAGAUGCACCCUCACCGGGCUGCCAUGACCGCCGUUGCUUUCUCCGCUGAUGGUCAGACUGUCCUCUCCGGAGACAAGGAUGGCCUUGUGGUCGUGAGUCGCCCCUGCACAGGGAUGAGCUUGCGUGUGCUCAGUGACCACCAGGGCUCCCCAAUCUCUACCAUCCAGAGUACAAGUAAAGAGUAUGGAGAGCUAGGGGUGGAGGGCACAGACCUGUGGCUGGCUGCCAGUGGGGACCAGCGGGUGAGCGUCUGGGUUUCCGACUGGACCAGGGACCACUGUGAACUCCUGGACUGGUUGAGUUUUCCAGCUCCUGCCGCUUUGGAGGCCCCAGGCACCCCCCCACCCUCCCUUGCUGCCUUCUGCCCCUGGGACCGCGCCCUGCUGAUCUGUGUGGGCCUUGGAGCCCACACAGAAGUACUCUUCUACAGCCUCCGCCAGAAACAGGUGGUGGUGAAGACGCCGCUGCCCUCCUUCGCCAUGUCCCUGAGCCUGUCCGCGGGCUCACGCCUGAUGGCCGUCGGCUUCGCUGAGCGCACGCUGCGGCUUCUGGACUGCGUGUCGGGCACCGCCCGCGACUUCGCCGGCCACGACGACCUGGUGCACCUGUGCAGGUUCACGCCGUCCGCCACGCUGCUCUUCACCGCCGCGCACAACGAGAUCCUGGUGUGGGAGGUCACGGCCCGGGAGGACUGCGGGCCCGGGGCGGGGCUCGGUAGCCGCCCGGGGCGGGCGCAGUUUGAAUAAACGCCGGCCUCUGUGCGCCGCCUC